AUGGACGACCUUUCACGUGGUGAUAAAAGAGUUGAAGAAGAACCAAGAAGAGGGGAGGAGCGAAAUAAUGAGGGGGAGAGGUCACGCAGGCCACGAGUGUUGACAGAAGAACAAAGAGCUCGGAAGAGAGCGCGUGACCUUGUACUCACCGAGGAGGAAAGAAGUGCGAAAAAGACAGAGGAGCUCCGAAUACAGUUAACGAGGCAGCGCAGUAUUUCAGAAAGCGAAGAGUUAUCCGUAAGCUCUAGUUUUGACUCAGAGUCGGAGCUUCUUGAAUCACAACCCGAGCUUUUGUAUAGUGAAUUUCAUGGCUACGACGAAAGUCUCGAUCCCGUCCCAAACGAGGAAGAGGCUGCUGAAUACGAGCAGCAACUCCACGAGGAGAAUGAGCAAGAAGAGGAGCUUCUCCGAAGAUUUUCAAGGGAGCAAGUAUGGUUCAAGUGCUCGAACUGUUCGCUCAAGUUAUUAGUCACAAAGAAAGAAUGCCGAUGCUGCACAGAGUUUGCAACAUGCAGCGAAAAAUUACAAGAAGUUGGUUUGGAGGGAUGUAUUGUUGACCAUCCAGGAUUCAGUGUGAAUUGCCUCAACGAGUGGGUACUACGGACAGCAGCUGUUGGACUAAAAACAAGGAAGAAAAAAUCCUAUACUUCUGUCAAAUCUGCAAAAAAUGCAUCUGAAUCUGAAUUUCUGAGGUCUGUGGCCUACAGACAAUACGUGCGCCUGGUAUAUGAGUGUGUCGGGUGGUCAAAGAGGGCAUCACUCCCAAGUUGUGUCUACAACAAAAUACGGGAAGCAUUCCCUAGCGAAACAUUUCAUGGAUUUGAAGAGGAUAAGGAGGAUGCAAACUCUGAAGACAUGGAGUUUGAAUAGGAUUUUUCUUCCUUGUUUUUAUUCCAACAGCUUCUGUGCAUAGUAACCACUCGUUGGGACAAUCUACACUGAGCCCUGGAUGGUCAACAAUACAUCUCUAUAUACCCACAUUCUCAAUUUGUUUUGCUGUUUUUUGCAAGCUCUAUGCAGCAUUGGUAUUCUUCCUUUAUGACUAAUCUCUUAAGUGAACAAUGCAAGCACUUGCACCUGGUGGAAUUGAGCAGUGAAACAUCGUAUUUAUUUCUCAUUAAUCAGUUUCCAUGUUAGCCAAAUUGCUCUGAAUUGACAAUUGUAUGUACAUAUUUUCAGCUCGUUCCAUUAUGCUGACAUAAAAACAGAAAUCUUAGAUCAUUUGUUUAUAAAUAAUGACCCCUCACUACCCUAAUCAACUACAUGGAACACAUUGGCUCUGGGAGGUAUGGUCGUAGCAUCUAUGGGUGUGUCUUCUGCUAGGGCGGGUGGGUCUAUGGGGUGAGAUCCUUGUGAAGUAAUGGUAUUGAUUAGCGCAUCUCCAAGUGGGGCCGGUGGGUCUACCGGGUGGGAUUCUUGGAGGUGCAAGUUAUCAGUUGACAUGUCUCCAACUGGGGCAGGUUGGUCUAUGGGGAGGGUUUCUAAGGGGGGGGCAUGGUUUCAGUUGGUGUGUCUUCAGCUGAGGCGGGUAGGUCCAAGGUAGAGACCGUGGAAGAUGUUGUGGCAGAUUCAUGAGCUCGCACCUAGAAAAUAAUUAAGGAUUGAGUUCAGAAAGCCAUCAAAAGAACAUACAGUCAGAUAGCCAAUGUAACACGUGAGAGCAAAAAUAUGUUUUCUCAAGGAUUUCAGACAUUUUGAAUUAAAAUACUUCCUGCUUUUAAAGAACUUCCUGCUUUUAAAAAACCUUUUUUAAUUGACUAGAGUAAUUUAUUAUCUAAAAAGAAAAAAUAUAAGAAAAAAAAACAAAUAUUAUUACCAUUCCACUGUCACCUGCUGUUGCUAAAAGCUCCUUAAUUUCCUGUAAUUGGGAUAUUAAACAGAUUAUGUAGUGAAAAAUUCCGCUUUCUCCAACAGUAAUCACGUAAUAGAAAGAUAGAGUGGUUUUCAAAAUCCCGUUAAACAAAUUUUUUUAAUGUAAUAGUCAAGCCAGAACAAAAGAGAACAAAGACAUUGCAGUGUAUUAGUAGUAAAUAAACUAAAUAGUACUUCACGGGAUUUUGAAAACCACUCGAAGACUGCGAGCUAGCCUACAAGUUAAGUACUUACUUGAAUUUUAGAAAGGAAAUGUUGGGGAUUAGCAAUAAUAUAUGCGUGAAAUCAUUGUAAACAUGAGUACAGGGAGAGUUGUAAUAAGAAGUGAAUGUAAACUAUUUGAUAAAUAUCCGUUAAAUGCAAAAGAACUGUACCUAAGAAAUUAUUUAGGCCGGGGAAAGAAAUUUCCAUGGCAGUUAUUGGUGAAAAGGAAAAAUAGCAUGUAGAGAUAUUUAUAAAACUCACCUUUGCUCUUUGACGCAAUUCCCGGUCCGAUGGUGAAGCAAUGGUUUUCUUUGGUUUCCAAAUUGUUGGUACGGAUCCCUUUAUCAAAUAGCGCUUUAACUCGGACCCCUCGCCAAAGUGAUAGCAUUCUCUCUCGAAGUGGUCCGAGCACACAACAAAACGACCCAACGGAUUGAAAUUCUUCGAGUGGAGUCGUAUCCACUCCGCCUUUUUUGGACCCGAUUUUGGGCUCAAACGAAGGCUUUUCCCUGUUUUAUGAUUGUUUUCACAGUCCUGAACAACGCAUCGAGAUCCGGUCAUUUUAAAUGCGAUAAAGCGAAAAGUUUUAUGAGUUAUCUUAUGUUUAUCUCUUUCGAGUAAGUAAAUUAGCCAUGUGCUCCUAAAGCGUAUUGAGUAUGUGACGUCACGUCCUGGUUAGUUUGACAUUUUGACAGGCGCAAGGUAACCAGGUCAAAGGGACACGGCAAAUCAAUGGCGGACGUAAACCUACAAUAUUUAAUGAAAAUUUCUACAUGGUUCCACUAUCAUUUACAGCAAUCUGACUAGACCAGUGCUUAGAUUAGGUAUCUUGCUCAGGAUCUAGCAAAUUUACGGCUUUCUAGGCGGUUUGAUCAUAAGCGAACUUUAAGCCCAAUCCUGUUGAGUGAAAUUCUCGUUCUGCAUUAUAAUUGUUUGUAAACUUCGUGUACAGUAAUCAAAAGGCCUAUCCGAAAGAGAAAUAUUAUAGACGUGUUUGUUUUUGUCAACUCAAAUAUUUCAAAAUAUAAUAGUUGUCUUAUUUCUUGUCACCUCAAAUAUUGCAUAAAUAUCAUAGUUGGGUUUAGUUUUGGCACCCAAAAUAUAAUGCAUAAUUAUUAUAGUUUUUGUUGCAUAAAAUAAUGCAUAAUUAUGAUAGUUGUGUUUUUGUUACCUCAGAUGUUUCAUAAAUAUUAUAGUUGUGUUUUAGUUAAAUCUCGUAUACAUACAUACAUAUUGUAGGUGGUGAUCUGUCGUAUUUCUAAAAGUUUUAAAGUUUUGAUGUUACCCCUUUUAUAGUUAAAAUAUCAAUUUUGCACAACAAUUUUCAAUGAAAGAUACUUUAAAUGACAGGUGUACUAUUUUGAAAUCCAGGAGUACAAGCAUAAAGUCCUGUUAGCAGACUCUGCCAUAGCAGACUAUAUAAUUUAAAGAUACCAGAUGAAUGUGUAGAUGCUACAUACACUAAUUGUAGACACACUGAAGGUUAGAUUCUAAACUGUUUUACAUUUGACUCAUUGCUGAUAUAAACAUGGAGAAAGAUAUUCUAACACAAAGUAAGUUUGUAUUUUUGAAAUCCUUCUUUACUUUGCAUACAACAUAAGAGCUUUUUUCUUAGGGGGACCAGGUAGGUUUUAAUUCCUUUUUCCCACUUAAUGAGGUAAGUGUAAAAAAAACACUGAUAAAUUAUUUAAUAAGUAAGCUGUAUAUCAAGACUUUGGUGUAAAUGAACCCGAUUCACUUUGAUAGUAUGAAAGAAAUAUGGCUAAAUGAUUCCAGUCAAGUCUUAUUUAUCUGACACAUUUUAUGCUUUUUUCCCCUCAGUUCUCAAAGAUGUUUUGCAAGGUUGUUGUGUGUCAAUUACAGCAUAAAAAAAAAUCGCAUAUUUACAUGACCCAUUAAUUAAUUGAUAUGUUACCCAUGAACCUAUGCCGGUAUGAUACAUAGAUCCUAGAUGGUGUUUAUUGGUGUAUUUUAGGUGAGCCCUAACGUUUGGAAAAUAUAUAAUUUGAUACUUCUUUAAUCCUUUUUUUUUAUAGAGAAGAACAACAACAAGAUAAAAAGAGGUGAUGCAGCUAUAGGCGGCAGCAGUGGUGGUUUGUCUUCCAUAUUUAGGGGAGUGCUUUUGGUGCCUCCUCUAAAUAUGGAAAUUAAUUGUUACGUGGUAGACAAACUGUUGUCUCUUUAUUAAUAAAUGUUUUAACAUUUAUUAUUUUAUAUAAUACACCUAUUUCAAAUGAGGUUGCAAUACCAAUGUCACAAACUGCAGUGCUUCAAAGAUAUAAAAUGAGCCAACAAAUAAGCAUAGAUCAAAGCUUACCCAUGUUUCUUUUUGUGUGUCUUUUGAAUGAACAAUCAGUGUUACCACACAUUGAUCCUCCAAUGCAAUAGCUUGUUUGAAAUAGGUGUAUAAUAUAUAUUUCAAAAAUAUCCUAACCCGUUAUAUUUUAUUAUUCUUCAUCUAAAUAACCAAUAGGUUCUCAUGACAAUACAAUAUUUUAUUAGGUUGUGCAUGAUUUUUCAUUGCCAAAUUAUCAAUGAUAAGACACAAGCAUAAUUUUAUACAUGAAUACUUUUUGAAUGAACCAUUUUAUUUUUUUUCAUGUCAUUGCAAUAUUCAUAUUGUGGUGUGCACAAUUUUUCAAAGCCAUGCACAAUUUUUCAUAGCCAAAUUAUAAAGGAUAGGACACGAGCCUAACUUUAGAAAUGAAUAAUUUUGAAUGAACCAUUUUCAUUUCCUGUGUCAAUACAAUAUUAUUUCUAUUAUGGCUUGCACAAUUUUUCACAACCAAAUUAUAUGUGAUAAGACACCAGCCUAAAUAAAUGCUUUUAAAUUAAAAGCCAUGAUUUCUUAAUAAUUCAGAAUAACACCUUUUUAACAUCAUGCAUUUUUCCUACUUACGUGUAUACACCACUUUCCUACUAAAAGCAAUCCCAUACAGCUUUGGCUUUUUCAUGUCAAAUAAUGGUGCAUUUGUACAAUCAUAAUAAAAACAAGCAUUCUCAAAAAGGCACCCAUUUGUUAAUAAAAGUAUUUAUUGUCA